AUGAGCGUCCGAAAAGCGCGUCAAUCGCGCGUGCUGCAGCCUUCAAAGACACAAUAUGAAGAAUAUGAAGAACCUUUGCGGCCGGAACACGUCGUUUCGGACCGACACCCAGCCGAGGACACUGUUGUCGAUGGUCCAGCUACACCAGACGCGCAGACUUAUGCGUUUGAUUGGGAGGCAGCCCGUGGGCACCGACCGCCCGUGUUUGCAACACCCAUCCGUCAUCGUGGACGACGGUCAAUGGGAACUGGAACCAGCGAUGAAAGACCUGAACUGGGUACACCUAUGAGCAGUGGGAGCGGGGGCGUCACUGGAAUGAAGAAAAAACCACGCCAGUCAAGAGUCAUUCUCCGCACGACGACAUGGGGUGCAUGGCUGGCGGGGUUGCCUGCUCAGUGGUGGCUGAGCCUAACGAUGAUGCAGCAUGAUUUGCCAUUGCCUCCCGCAAAGACAAUGGGCCGUGGUCUCGGUAUUUUGCUACAUAUGGUGCAUGCCUUCACACGCUGGUGGGAGAUUCGUGCAAAGGAGAUUGAAGAGGAUGGAUGGGGUGACUUGGAUCUUCGGUCAAUCUUGUCUGACAAUAGCGAGGAGGAAUCUUCCGAGUGGCUCAGCUGGUCAUUUAUUCUAAACGCCACUCUAUUACUGCUUGCCGCCGUGAAUGCCUUGCGAAUGCUGACUCGCACGCGUCUCUACGAUUUUCAGCUUCGAGGCGAGCGUUCGAAGCCAAUUAACUCGGUCAACGCAUCGUUCAUUUCUUCUCCCCUCAAGAGGCGACAUAGUGACCAGUCAACACUACCGUCUGAAUCGAGUGUAUGGCGACAUUUACUUCGCCUCUUAUUCAUGUUUGGACGAUGGAUUGCGCAUGCAUGGAAUUUUUUGAUUCAUCAUCCAAGCAAAACGAAGGCUGUUACAACCACUCGUGGUCCUCAGAUCCAACGCCUCGAGGCCUGGGAUCCGUCUGAAGUAGAGCUGAGGCUCUUCGAGACCUACUCACCCCUUCAUGCCUUACUCUGGUAUACCGUCCAGGCCAACAAUUGGCCCAUCAUGUGCGGCGUCAUGCUCUUGACUAGCUUUCAGCUCGGCUUGAUCAUAACCUCGUAUACGCAUCUCCUCAACGACCGCAAGCAGAUACAUGCCGAGGUGAUGCGCGAAUAUGAAGAAAAGUUUGUUUCACCUCGUCUCAACGUGAUUAAAAAGGACGCAUGCGUCAUGACAACCGAAUCAGAGAUGGUGAAUUACAGCCCACGUCGCUAA